AAAUAAAGUUAUUUCAAUUCAAACAAAAUGGCAGCGCCCUGUGGUCCACCCGUGUGUUUGGACUAGCUAAUAAUGUGCACGGAGCACCAAUUUAAAAAGAAAAGAAAACGGAAAGCAAUUUUGCUGUUUUAAAAAGCAGGUGUUCUUGUCUUGAUUUCAGAGGAGUUAUGGCCACUCCAAGAAAGCCAGGUAAAAAGGAAAUCAAAAAGUACAUUCCAGCCAAGACCUCCUUCACUUCACCAUUCAGUCCAAAAUGGGGUGAACUUCCUCAAGAAGACAUGCAUUUCAUCCUGAAAACCCUGAAGGACAAGCUGGGUUCCACUGGACUUGAGAAAAAAGAGGUGAAAGUGUUUCGCCCGUGGAGGAAAAAGAAUGACCAGAAACCUUCUACCACAUCAGAACUUGUUGUUAAGGGGAGCCAGGAUGGACAGGAGCAGGAUUCUCCCAAAAACGGCUGGACAGAUGUGGCAACUAGGAGACAACUGUCCAUUGGCAUCAACGAGGUCACCAAAGCUCUGGAGAGGAAUGAGCUCAGACUGUUGCUUGUGUGCAAGUCUGUCAAGCCGAAACACAUGACGGAUCACCUGAUAGCGCUGAGCGCAACCAGAGGUGUGCCGGCCUGCCAGGUGCCUCGUCUGAGCCAGAGUGUGUCGGAGCUGCUGGGGCUGAAAAGUGUCCUCGCUCUGGGAUUCAGGCGGUGUGCCUCCAAAGAUGACGAGGUGUUCACUGACACUGUUGAUGCCAUUACACCCAGAGUGCCCCCACUGGAUCUUGCAUGGUUACAAGGUGCAGCAGCCAGAGUAACACCUAAAGACCCCGUUGACAUGGAAGAGGAGGAGGAGGAAGUUGGUGAGAAGAAGGGUCAGAAAAGAAAACUUGAGAGUGAAUCUCAGGUGGUUUCGGGAUCUCCCUCUUCCUGCACUCUGCAGCCUCUCCAAGUGAAAAAAAUAGUUGCUAACCCUGCAAAGAAAAGAAAAAAGGUUAAGUCAUAGCCAGUAAAAUGAAACGAGACUCUGCCUAGAUAUUAAAAGGACCAUUCCUAUGUUUUUGGAUGUUUUCGCCCACUAGUUUCCAAUGAUUUCUUUUGGUUUUUGACAACCUAAAAAGAGGCGGUCUGCUAAUGACCCUUUGUCACAGGUUAUUGACUCAGUGUGGACAUGAUUACAUUUUUUUCUUUCUCAGGUUGAUCACUUGUACAGGCCUGAAGAGUGAAAAAUAAAUUGUAUUUCACUUCCUGACCCUCAAGUUUUAGCUCAUUCACUUAAAAUUAACACAUCAGUGUUUAGUUUUUUGACUGCAUUUUUUUCCAGCAUAUCGGACAGGGAUUUGAAACUUGGUUGAGAUAGUUACAGUAUGUAUUUUAUCACAGUGAAGUAGAGCUGAAAUACCUAAGCAAUUAGUCAAUCGUCAGGAUAUUCUGGUUUAAGCUUCUUCAAUGUGAGUUUCUGUAGCAGUUUUUAGAUGUCACCUUAGGUUUAUUACACAAAUUCUCUUAUUUCAUUGACCAAACAAUCAAGUAAGUAAUGGGCAGAAUAUAAUUUAGUUUCAGCCCUACAUUUAACACCAUGUCAACUUUCAUUUUUGUCAGUUAUGUUAGUAUUGCAUGGUAUAGCAGUUGACUACCUUUCAAAGUCAAACAACGCAUUAAAACAGAAAAAUAUGAAUUUAAUUCUUUUAAAAAUAGAAGCAGACAUAUGUUGGAAUGGGCCUUCUUUGUCAAGUAAGUCUCUGUUCUAAUACUCCAUUAAAACGAAUGGAAACCAGUAGCUGUAGUAGGAAAAACUCCAAUUUGUAUGGUUUUGAGGCUGGCUUACAUGACCUAAAAUAACUUGGUUAAAAAUGUAAAGGACCCUGGUAUGAUCCUUCUAAUUGACUUUAUUUUAGUGAGAUUUAAUUGGCCAGAAACAGGUACAUAACGGGACCUUUACAUUUUUGUUUUUGUGCUUCUGAAUUAAACCUACCCAAGUGUGUGUGAGAUGAUAUAUUGAUGUUCUUCAGUAAUAAUGACAAUAUAACAUACAUCUCAGCCCAACCUGGUUACGUUUUUGGGCCGAGUCCAUUUCACAGUUAAAACUGAAUAUGCAUAAAGAAAGAAUACUUUGUAUUUCCAUUGCCCCUGUCAUGUUAAAAAGAAGUGCAUUACUCAUGUCCCUUUUUAAAGUGAGUUUAUUCAAUCAAAUAUCCAUGCUGGUAUAGCCGACGUGUGUGCUGAAACAGAUUAUUUGCAUGGGGGUCAUGUCUAAAUGAUGCUGGUACAAGUUCCUCUGCCUUUUCACAGCUUCACAAUGGAUUUGAUUAAAAAUAUUGUUCUUCAGUUAGAGAAAGCUGUACGUCAUUUCAAAAGUGCAUCCUACCCACCCCAAAAUCUUAAUUAAAAAAA